AUGGCGAAUAUCAAGUGGGGACCCAAAAUGCGGACGAUUCGACUUCAGGACACUUACAUAGAUAAAAAUCCGGAUGUCGGCAUGGCUCAUGGAAAAUCGUCUCUUGCCAACUUCCUUGUGGGUUCGCCUUCUGACAGUGCAGUAGACGUGGGAGAUGAUAAUGACUUUGUACAGUACCAGAAACGUACUAGCCCAAAAACAAAUCUGAGGAAAAUGCAAAGGAGAUGUGAAACACACAAAAUUAAAAGUUUCAACAGCCCAAAGGUGGUCAGUAAGCCUGACCCGGGAUUUGACGAGCAGCGCUUCUUUUGGCUUGCAAAUCCAAAUCCAUUCCCACCAGUUGAAGGAGGAAUCAUUCCCGAAGACCCACUGCAGCCACACUCCGGGUUUUCACAGCGAAUUCUUAUAUUUGGGAUGAAAGCACACGGAAAAUCCGUUCUUGGAAACUACUUGUUCGGAAAUAGCCCCAUCGCAUGGCCCUACGGCAAUCCAGGAUCAUACUUUGAAACGCGGGGAGGCAAACGAAACAUGACAGGACUUCUGGGAAGAUCUAAAUUGGACUUGACUAUGAUAAGAGUGGUCGAAAUGCCAGCACCGGACAUACAGGGAAGCAAGUACUCGUUUCACAAACGAAACGAAAUCAAAGCAUUUUUUAUGGACAACGAAGACUUCUUCCAUAUAUUUUGCUGGGUGAAAAAUGCCUCGGAACCAAGAUAUACGCGGGCAGACGCUAACAUGCUAAAAAUCAUACAAGAGGUAUACGGAAAGGGUUUCUACAAAAAUCUCGUCAUUUUGAUGGCAGGAUACAACUUUUCUAAAGAGGCUCAAGAGCAGCGGGAAUCUUGGGAUAAUUUUCGAAACAGGAAGACGACUUUACUCAAAAGCAUGUUUCCCGAAAGGCUUCACUCACAACUGCCCAACAUACCGAUAACUGGACUGGAUCCCAUGUGCGAUAUAUUUGAUCAACAAGCGUACUUUUCAUUUCUCGUAGAACGGAACUCAAUGUCACUAGCUUUCAAUCAUUUUGCGAAAACAGCCGUUAUACGAAUGGACAGAGCUCUAAAAGUUUUAACAUUCCCCACAGAAUAG